AUGGCUACUGGAAUGCUUUCACCUCAUUCAAGACCAAAUACUCCAAUUGCUGCUGGUACUACAAGUAAUGCUAUAGGAACAGGAGUAGGUGCAGGUGCACCUACUAGUAGUAGUGGUGGUGGAACACAUUCAUCAUCUAAACAAAAUAUACCAACUUAUGAAAAACCAAUGUAUGAAAAAUUUAAUAUAAUGUAUAAAACAUUAUUAAAUUUAAAGAAUAAUAGAAGUAAAUAUAUUGAUUCAAAACAAGUUUAUCAAAUUUAUGAUUUAUUUUUAAAUUAUUUAUAUGAUUUAAAAUUAACAAGAAAAGAUGAAGAAUUAAAAGGAAUGACAUUAAAUUUACCAAAUAUUAAUGAUUUAUUAAUUGAUGAUAUUUGUCAAUUAUUAUCACUUUGUUUUGUUACUUGUGGAUUAAUUAAAUUUGCUCCUGCUACUUAUAGUUCAUUAUCUGCAGUUAUGAAAUUAUUAACUCAUUUACAAGAAAGUAAUGUUUAUACUGAAGAAGAUUUACAUCCAAUUGGAAUUAGAUUGAAUGAAAUUAGAGAUAUUAUUAUGAAUACUUCUAAUUAUGAUGAUGUGCAUGAUGAAGAAGCAACUCUUAAAUCAACUCAUCAAAUUGAAGAGAAUUUAUUAAGAAAUAAACUUAAUAAAUGUGAAGUAUUAUAUCAAACUUUACAAAAUCAUUUUAAAAAUAUUCCACCGGAUUUAGAACCUACUUAUCAUAAAUUAAUUGGUGUUAGAAAGACGUUAUUAACUUAUUUAACUGAUAUUAAAGAAGAACAACAACAACAAGGUGGUGGUGGGAAAAGAAAUACUAUACAACAUGAAAAAUUAUUAAUUAAAAUUAAUCAAAUUAAACAAGAAUUAAAGAGUAUUGAAGCAGUAAGAGAUGAAUCAGAUGGGAAAUUUUAUAGUAAUCAAGCUCAAUUUAAUCAAGAUAAAAAACAAUUAGAGUCAUUACAAGCUAUUAUGAAUGGAUUAAUUGAUGAAUGUAAUAAUUUAUUAGAAGAUUUAGUAUUAAUUCAUCAAGAUAAUAGUGUUAAUAGUCAUAAUGAAAGUUUAGAACAUGUUAUAAAAUUAUUAUCAGAAUUAGCAAUUGCUAAACCAAAUUCAGAACAACCACCAGAUCUUAAACAAUUAAAUUAUAAAUUUGAAACUUUAUAUCAACAAUUAUCAGAAUUAAAAUUAACUUUAGAAAAUUUAUUAGUCACAAGAAGAUGGACUUUACGUGAAACUGAUUUAUAUACUUAUCAAAAAUCAUUAAAAACUAUUGAUGAAGAAAGAAUAAGAUUAUCAACUAUAACUUCAAAAACUGAUCCAAUGGUUCAAAAAUUAUUUAAAAAAUAUCAAACAUUGAUAUUAUAUCUUUUAAGAAGAUGUUAUUCUAUAAUUUAUAAAUUAUUAGAAAGUAGUGAACCUGUUAGUGAAAGUUUAUCCCCAAUUCAUAAUCAAUUACAAACAGUUAAAAGAUGUUUAUUGGAAUUAAAACGAGUUAAAGGUUUAAAUAAUUUACGUGAAUUAUAUCCAUUCCAAUUUAAAUUAGGUUCAUUAGAUAAUUUACGUAAAGAUGGGAAAUUUAUUGUAAAUAAUCAAAUUCCUGAAGGACAAGGAACUUUAAAUGCAUUAUUAGCUGAAUGUUUUGAUAUUUUACAAGAAUUAAAGAUUGAAUUGGAAGAAAAUGAAGAGGAUGAAUAUGACGAAGAAGAUGAGGAGGAUGAAACACAAAAGACAAAAAUAAUACAGAAUAAGCAACAUCAACAACAACAGCAUAACCUGAACUAUGAUAGAUUGAGUAAUAUAAAUGGAGGUAGUUUUACUAAUUCAAAAGGUGGAAGUGGUAGUAAUGAAGAUGAUUUAGAUAUAUCUGAAGACGAAGUUGAAAUUAAAAGAAAUAGAUUUCAAGAAUUCAAUGAAGCUGAUUAUGAUUUAGAAAGUGAAUCUGCAUUUGAUGAAGAUUUAGAAGAAUUGGAAGAAGAAGAACACGAAAGCGACGAUGAUGAUAGGCUUAGUUAUGUUGGAAAUGAUUAUUAUUGA